AUGUCAUCUCGACUGGCACGUAUCACACGACACAUCUCGCUCUCACCGCCAUCGUCCACCAUCUCCAACGUACGAACAAUGUCGACCAUCCGCGCACUCCAAAUUCAAUCGCAGGGCGGACCCGAAGUGGUCUCUGUCCACCCCAUCCCGGCCCCCACGCUCUCCGGGUCCGGCAAGGUGAUCGUGCGCAACGAGUACGCUGGGGUCAACAUGAUCGACACCUACCACUUUGGCGGCCUCUAUCCGCUCCAGUGUCCCAUCAUCAUCGGUCAGGAGUCGGCCGGUGUUGUGGAAGCUGUCGAUCCGGACGUCACGAGCGUAUCUGUGGGCGACAAAGUAGUCCAAUACGGUGGAGGUUCGUACACCGAGAAGCAGCUGCUGGACGCUGAACGCGUGAUCAAGCUUCCCUCCAGCAUCUCCACAAAGACGGCGGCAGCGGCGUAUCUGCAAGGACUCACUGCGCUGACGAUCCUACGAGAAGCUCAUCCUGUCAAGAAGGGUGAUUGGUUGCUCGUCACCGCUGCAGCAGGAGGUGUCGGUCUCCUGCUCUGUCAGAUGGGCAAAGCGUUUGGAGCCAACGUCAUCGCCGUCACCUCCACGCCCGAAAAGUGCGAGCUGGCAAAACAACACGGCGCCACCCACGCCCUCACGUACAACAAAGAAAACCCUUCCGAAUAUAUCGACUCCAUCCUCAAACUGACCUCCAACCACGGUAUCGACGGAAUCCUCGACGGAGUAGGCGCCGACACCUGGGAAUCCAACUUCUCCAUCGCCGCCAGAAAGGGCACCAUCGUAACCUUCGGCAACGCCUCCGGUCCCGUCCCCGCCUUCGCUCCCCUCAAACUCGCCCCCAAAAACCUCAAGGUCGUCAGACCCACCCUCUUCAACUACGUCACCACCCGAGAGGAAAGAGAACACUACUCCAAGGAGCUCUUCGAUCUCAUCGAGCAGGGCAAGGUCAAGAUCAACGUGCACGACGAAUACCCCUUCACAACCGAGGAUAUGAGAAGAGCGUUCGCCGAUAUCAAGAGUAGGAAAACUACUGGAAAGUUGGUUGUCAAGAUCUGA